AUGCGGCUGGGGACCAAGUCGUGUGCCGAAUGCCGUCGCCGGAAGGUCCGGUGCGUCUUCCCGCCAAACAGCUCCGUCUGCCACGGCUGCGAGCUCCAUCAGACGCCGUGUCGGGCCCAGCAACCGCGCCCGCGAGACCGGGACACGAAUCUCCAGACGAUUCCGCAAUCACAAUCACACGCUCAGCUGGCGGCUGAUAAUGCGGCCCUGCGCCGACGCGUGGUCGAGCUCGAGGGCCUUGUCGGCAGCAUCUGCGACGCCCUCGAGCCGGCCGGCGACUCUCCCGCCUCUGGGGCUGCUUCGAUCUCUGCAGCCCCGCCGGAUUCCGCCGACAAGUCCGUCUCGGCCGGGGACGCGCCCCUGAUCAACCUCUUCCGGGAUGCUCUUCUGAUCCGCGACGGUGAGGGCGAGCUUUACGACGACCCGGAGGAUCCGUCGAUGCUGUACCUGAUGAAGGAGUCCCUCAGCUCCUUCAGGCCGCCCAUCCCCGACCCGGAAACGCUGCGGCUGGUGCUCGAGGAGUCACACAAGUUCUGGACUAUCUGGCCGACCUUUUUCUUUGCCCCAGAUCAAUCACUCACCAUGCAAAAGACCAGCAUCGACGACGCUGAGGCCUACUUCAACCAGGUCCUCAACUUUGGCCGUGGCGUCGAGUUCUGCUCGGCCAUGCUCUUCCUCACCCUCUGCAUCCAGCAGCUGCCGCGAAAUUGGAAGCACAUCAUCAUCUCGCCCAGCAUCUCGCGCCAGGUCCUCAUCGACGCGUACAUCCGCUUCGUGUCGGUGCUGCUGGCCGUCGAGGGUGAGGAGAGCAUCCUAGUCGUGCAGUGUUAUUUGCUGCUACACAAGAUCCUCAUCAAUAUGGGCCGUCCUCAGAGAGCUUGGGUUGCUAUCCGUCAUGCCCUCAGUGCCGGUACCCUCGUCGGCCUUGACAGACUCGAUUCUGGUGCCAACAUCCAGCGCAAGAUGCUAUGGACGCAGACGUGGAUGGUGGAGCGACAGCUGUGCAUCUUGCUGGGCUUCCCUUCAGCCGUCACCACCAGAGGAACCAAGGAUGAUCUUACCCAAGUGCUAAGUCCUAGUCAACGGAUCUAUCGGCGUCUAUGUAUCAUCAUGGGCAGCGUCAUCGAGCGCAACCAGAACCCAGCAAAGGCCUCGUAUGCUACAACCGUACAGCUAGACCAAGACAUGGAAGACCUCAAGAACAGCUUCCCUCCGGAAUGGACUGGACAAUACGGCCCCGACGCAACGACCGACUCCAUCUACUCCCAGGAGGCGGUCUAUAUCUUCUUUUACUCAACUCUCAAGCACAUCCAUCUACCCUACAUGCUCAAGGCCAAGGGAGACCGCCGCUACGAGCACAGCCGCCUGUCCGCCAUGGAGGCCUGCCGCGGGAUCAUCAAGAGCUAUCUGCGCCUCCGUGGCUCGACAAAGACGGAAGUUAUCCAGUGCGAGCUCAUGGACUUUCUCACCUUCAGCUCCGCCAUCGCCCUCAUUCUCGGCAUCCUGUCUGGGGCCGGAGAGUCAUCGCCUUCAGCGCUCACAGGCUACGCGGAGGAGUGGCAACUUGUCGAGCGACUCAUCGGCGAGCUGAGAAAGACAAACUCGCUGCUAGAAUGCACCGUCGCAAAGCAGAGCGCCGAGGUGCUCGAAACUCUCGUGGCCGCUAGCUACGGCACUUACACUGUCCAAGACGAUUUUGUGCUUGUAGUGCCUUACUUUGGACGUCUGCGUAUUUCCCAAGGCAACAAACAAGAUACCAGCCUCCCGGCAAACACAAUCGAGUUCAGCUCCAACGAUUUCCUCAACUCCACCUUUAGCGACUUUGACUUCCAGAUGGACCUCAGCCAGGACUGGUGCAACAUUGUCGACACGGGCGUCUAUGACUGGAACCAGAUGUUUAACUCUACUACCAUGGGACUCCUGUAG